AUGCCCACCGAGAGAGACAGCACCUCAGAGCCAUCUGUCGAUGCCGGCAAGCCCGACUGGACCGCCGUGCAGAGUAAGGUCAUGGAUGUCGAGAUCGUCAAGAACCUUCCUCCUGCUGAGCCUGCGGAGAAUCCAUCUCCUCAGCAAGGCAGUCGCCCAGCUCCUCAUGGAGCCGAACAAUCGACUUCUCUAGUCGUUGUAGCUCCGCGUUCUCACCCAACUGGAUCGACCCGUGCUGGCAUUGCCACAUACCAUGAGGACGCCAUCUAUGCCAACCUUCACCACGGAAUCCCGGGCAAUCAGUUCGACUUCAACAGUGAAGACAUACAACCUCUCAUCAAUCUCUUUGCACCGAGUCAAAAGUGCAUGGUGCGACACAACGAUGCCUGGACGGCAGUCGAGUUCCUUGGACCCCCGCGUGCCGUCACGGCUGCCCAAAGCCAAGUGUUGGAGCAUGUUACAAUGGGUACCAACAACGAUGCCACAGGUGCCGUCCACGGCUUGCGAAUCUACUUCUUCCAAGACUCAAUUAGUUCCCGCCGGCCGCAAAGCAUUGAUCAGGUCAUGGUCUCCCUCUUCCGCGUUUACAGCAAAGAUCCCAACGCCGAGAACGACUUCUCGCGAGACCCCAUCGAUAAUCACGAGUGGAAGGAAUUCAAUAUGGAAAGAAGAAACUGA